AUGAUAAGAAGCAGAACGUUCCUUCAGCAACAAGAUGUGUCUGGAAGGUCCAAAACAGCACGACUUGCACCCCAGAGCAUCUACAGGCCUACGACUGCAGCAAACGCUUCCAGGGGUCACAAUGAGACAACGGUAGUAUUGCCCAUGCAAAUCACAGACAUUACAAAGCCAACGCUGAUCGACGUGGAUGCGGACACGAAUGUGAACGCCCUCUACGAUCGGCUUGUGAUAGUGACGGCAAUAUCCGACAACCAUAUAGUCGAAUCAAUGGGAAUGAUCAAAUCGGCACAGACUCACAUGCCCGAUAAACAAAUUUAUGUUUAUAAUUUGGGACUCAACAAGAAAAACAUCCAAAAGUUGAACUCCGUUUGCAACGUACACGUGCGUGGGUUCGACUUCUCCAAGUACCCGCCUCACGUCAGGAAUCUGAAUACGAUGGUGUGGAAGGUUGUUAUAAUGCGCGAGACAUUGGCCGAGUUUGGUACUAUCUUCUACGGCGAUGCAUCCGUCCGCUUCAAGGGACCAUUGAGUAAAAUCAUGCCGUACCUUUAUCUCCAUCACGGCUUUAUGGCACAUCUGCUCGGCUUUGACCCGAAAAUCACCGGGGAAAUUCCACACUACUACUACAUGACACACGAAGGGAUGUUCAAAGAAAUGGGUCUGGAUAAAAACGACUUCUACAAUGUCACAAAGUCCGAUGCGCCUUAUUUCAGCUUUGGGCGGCUCCUACUCGCGAACAGUACCGUGUUGUGGGAGAAGUUGCUCAACCCUGUCUUAGAAUGUGCGUUAAAGCCACAGUGCAUUGCACCGGAGGGUUCUAAGAGGAAUAAUCACCACUAUGACCAGUCUCUGGCGGCUAUAGUUAUAUAUAAGAACAUGAGAAAUGAGUGGACUGAAGAUAAUCACCACACCAAGCAGUAUGACACGGUGAUUGAAAUAAAACGGUCGAAAAAUGAUGGUGAUGGGGUUAAAAUGUGCUAA